AUGAGUUUGUCUCCCUCGCAACCCCGAAAGCUUCCUUCGAGGCCUUCAUCUAGAGAGUCAAGUCCCAUGAGUAGCCCAAGAAUAGGUAAAAGAAACAGCCUGAGGGGCAGCUCAUCUCAAAUACCAGUGAGGAAAGAUUCUGGAACACCGACGAACAAAGCGAAGCCUGCGCCUUUGCUCAGAACCAGAUCGCGUGAUUUUAUGGACGCUGUAAAGAAAUUCGAAGGCGGAAAGCUUCCUGAGAAACUUAUGAAAACUUUCGACGAGGAAAGGAAAGCUAUCGGUGAUCAUUUAGCACAAUGCGAAAAUGAUUUGAGAGAAAUAAGAGAGUUCGUGGCUCGUACACAAGAAGACUUUCAAAAGAUCCGUAGUCAGACGAGGAAAUUGAAGAAUGAAGUUAAUGAGCUCCGUGACUUCAAUAAAAUGGCGUUAAAGCGGAGCUGA